AUGUCGACCUCGGUGAUCGCAAGAAUGAAGAAAAGAGACGGAUCGUCUGGUUCACCCGCGCCAGCGGAUGGGCACUCGGGCGAUGCGGAGCAGUGUGCUCGCCCGGCGGAACAGCUCCAGGACCCGGACGUCACGGAUUCGGACGACAGCGAUGGGGAUGAUGUGAUAGUGCCGUUUGUCAUACCCACUAGGGCCAGGACGAUUGAGCCCAAGCGCGAUGCGGACGCCAUGGUACAGGACACAACCCCGGAUGGUAUACCAGUAACAACCGGGGUGGAUACGGGGUCCGGGAAGGAUGCUAUGGUGAUCUCUGAGGAUGAACGGGCUGUGCCGUUGACUCCUCCUCGACAUUCUAGGGCAGAGCAGGGGUACCGAAAACCCGCCAGGGUACAGGGUAGGGGUACAUCGCGGCUGUGCAACAAAGCUUCUCGCUUCUAUCAGAUUGUCACGGUCCUCAUGUCUUUAAAACGUCCUGCCGAAAGCUCGGAGAUAUCCCCCAAUAUGGGGAAACGCAUGCGCAUCCCAACAGCAAAGCUCCGCGCAGCUGAGGCCGAGAAGCCUCCACAGAAGUCGAAGAAGCCUUCGGCACCCUCUGCCAGGCGAGAGCCACGCAUCAGCAAUGGGCUCGACUCGCUCGAGGAACCAGCAGCACCUGCAGAGAAGUCGUCAGCAACUGACAAAGCUUCCGAGAGUCAUCAAGCACCUACACAACCCAGCCGACGCACAAGUGUCUGCGAUAUAGCCGAUGAAGACGACUGGAGCGAGACCGACGAGAUUAUCGAGGUCGAUGUACACGGCAACACGAAGAAGGUGACACGGAAUCCGAAUCAGGAGGGACCUGAGGAGGAACUCGGUAAGUGA